UCACGGAUUUUACAUAUGCUGUGCUCUUCAACGCCCCCAGUAAAGAUCAGCGCGACUGAUCGAGGGAGGACUAUGCAGCCAGCAGCUGCGGAGAUUGAUGGGGGAUUCUCGCGGCGACUGGGCUUUUGCCAAAGAAUCCUACAAUCGAAACAGAGUUCAGAGCCUGCCUCCUUCCAGAGCUUACAGGCUAGUUCAAUCUCGGUGGGCGCAUCAAUGCGGGCGUGAGUCUUGCAGAGGAGAGACCAGUGAGGGGGCAAAGUAUGAACUGAAUCAAGCUGGUGACGCGGGGACGGGAAGGGGGCAGGAUGUAGGUAUGGAGGAACAGGAUCGGAUGACGAUCAAGAAGGCAGCGGCGUCGCGAAAUCGGACACCAAAUAUUAUUAUCUGCCAGUGCCACCGGAAGCCCAGACACUCGGACAAAGAUCUGAGGGAAAGGGGAGAUUGUUUGCCAGGACACCCGUUAGCUCACACCGGACCCAGAGCUAAACUGGGCCUUGCACAAGAACCUUGUCCAUACGCCCUAGUCCAUACAUCGGACGAGAGACGGCUACCUAGAUAGGUACCUAGUGAUAGGCAUGGGCAUGGGCAUUAAUUCAGCAGCGGAGUAACUGUCUGCCAGUGGCAACGCAGGCUAGAGCAUUAGCUUCGU